AUGAAGCGAAAUGUGCCAUGUAUAGUUUGGAGUCCCAAUGGAAAUACAUUCAGACCAAGGCAUAAACUUCGAGUCAACCCUAUUCCAAAGGUUACUGAAGUACUAGGGAUACGGAAGACUACAUCGUUGCACCCGCAGUCAGAUGGAAUGGUAGAACGAAUCAAUCGUACCAUGGAAAAACAUCUUUCGAAAGUAACGGCCGAACAUCAGGAAGAUUGGGAUCGACACCUUCUACUGUUCCUACUGGUUUAUCGAUCAGCUGUCCAUGACAGGACGGGUCAGACGGCGGCGGGCAGUUUUCAGAAGGGAACUUCUUGUACUUGUGACAUCUUGUACGGCUCUCCGAGUGAAGAACCAAAGGAGGUAAUAGAUUACGUCGAUGACUUGAAGAAGAAGCUGCUGAGCGUUCACGAAACGGUGCGCCACAAAAUCUGA